AUGCUUACUCCACUCACCCCUAGCACGAAUCCGCCUCCCCCAGAAAAAGAAAAGAAAGGGCACCGGAGUCAACGCCGCAGCAAUGCACCCGAAAACCGUCGAGCCCCAACUCACGCCCAUAUGGUGAUACAUGGGAAUGAUAAAAAGAGGAAACGCGCCCGCGAGGAUGGAGCGCAGGAAUGUAUUCGCCGCAAUGGCACUGGCGCUGAAGCGGGUGAAGGUGUCGAUAAGGUAGUUCAGGGCUGCUUGGAAGAUGGUUGUGAAGCCGAAGCCGAUGAAGGAAAUGCCGAUGAUGGAGGGCCAGAAGUUGAUAUUUUUUGA